GCACGGAACACGAUCAGUCGUUUACAACUAAGAUCCCAAUUCCCUUCUCCCGCGGCCUGCUCCGGUCACCUACCCAACCUCUAACCAUCCUCCCCUUCUCCUUAAGUACACCUAAUGUCCCUCCUUUCACCUAUUAGCCUCUCUCUCUCUCUCUCUCUGCCUCACCCUGAGACCCUAAUUAUCCCUCCUAACACGAAAUCACAUGUCGCUCUCCUCCGUCGCAAUCGCGCUGCUCCGAAAGCUCCACCACCGUCAUCCGCUCCUUCGCUACGCCGCCGCCUGGACAGCGCUCCUUACGUCGAUGGUUUUCCUGACAUCGUUCUCACCGGAGAUGGCUUUCGCCUGGGCUUUGACGCCGUCUUCACCCUUCGCCCGAUCCUGCCAACGAGGGUUCGUUAGGCUUCCGGUAGACGGGCCUCCCGGACCUGCGAUCUGUGUGCCGUCUCGACUAAUCGCCCCGUCCAAAGCCGACCUUAUCGUCCCGCCGGUUUUUGCCGCUUUUGUGGUGGCUGGGUCGGCCUGCAUCGUGUGGGCGUUGGGGUUGUGGGAUUUGGGUGACAGCGAUGAGGAAUCUACGUACCCUUUAUAUUAAUAUUAAUCCGAAAUUUUCAGUCAUAUUUUGUAAUUUGAGCUAUUCGAAUAUUGGGCUGUUCUUAAGAUAUUGGCAAUUUAAAAAAAAUUAUAUAUGGAAGGCAGGAACAGAAGGUAUGGCCUUUUUCUGGCUUCCAAUUCUGUUUCAAUUAGAGAGCAAACUUGGCAUGAAUCGAGAUAAAUUUAGAUAUAUUUUUCAGAUAUUGU